UCUGAUCAAAAAACUCACAUCAAUUGGUCUUUCGUCGGCCGGUUUAAUUUUCAGUUUGCUGAAUCCCCAUCGACGAGGAAACACGAUGUUGCCUAUCUCCAUGUGUCUGAUGCUUCUGCUCGCUUCGGUGUUGGCAAAUCCUGGGGUAAACCUGAAGUUUUCAGAAGAGGAGCUACAGCGAUACUUUGCUGUCGAUAGCGAAGAGAAAGCCCCUGAAUAUGAAAUCAUUUAUCCGGAGUACGUGACCAUGGAGCACAAACGCCAUGUUGGUCGCAGUGCCGUUGCAACCUCCUACCUUGAAGUCCAUGUCGACACGUUCGGUGAGACACUGCGUAUGGCAUUGGAGCACGACGACAGCGGCUUCAUGCCUGGGCUUGAGGCUGAAUAUGUCAGUGACGAGGGAACCAUCACGGUGCCUGUACGGACAGACUGUCUGUACACUGGUCAAGUCAUCGGGGACUCCAACUCGUUGGUAUCCGUCUCUGCAUGUGCAGGUUUGAUGGCCGUUGUGAAUCAUGCCUCUGGACCGACAUACAUUGAGCCUCUGGAUGACGAACAUGCGCUCAAGAGAGAUAUUGGGCGUGGUCUUCCUCACUUUGCCUAUAGAGUCAAGCCUAACCAGGAUAGGGGACGCUGUGGAGUUAAAGACGAUUUGACGCACUUUGAUGUGAUUAACGAGUCAGGACAAGAGGUGGAUGAUCAGGCAGGCGAUUUUGACCCACAGGCGACCAAGUAUCUUGAGCUUGGUCUCAUCGGGGACCCCGUGUUGUACGAUUUGCGUGGCGGUAACACGCAUACUUGCAUUACAGCGCUUUUCAAUGCGGCGAAAAAUGUCCUACAGCUGGGCUCACUUUCCGGCGCUUCUCUGGUUCCUAAAGUGACACAUAUCAAGGUCAUGACAUCAUCCCAGAGUGGUCUGAAUACCUGUCCAGAUUCUGAGCAGUCUCUGAAUAAAGCAAGUGAUUGGCAGGCCGCCAAUAACUUUGGCGCAUCCGACAGUCGUCGUUGGGACAAUGCAGCAAUUUUGACCGGCUGGGUGAUGGAUUCUGGGGACACGCUUGGCGUUGCGUGGAGGAGCAACACCCAAAUUUUGUGCGAUGAAAGAGAUGCAACGUCCUUGUCCACGUUCCGGGAUCUGAGAACUACCGACACCCUCGCUCAUGAAAUCGGACACAAUCUAAGCAUGAGGCACGACGGCGUAGGUAAUUCCUGCCCUACCAGCGGCUAUAUCAUGGCAGCGAAUGCCAAUUCAGCCAAAAGCGAUCCAGUCUGGUCAACUUGCAGUAGGAGCUACUAUACCUCACACAUCGGGGCCGCAACCUGCUACGAUGACGCUUAAUUCAGAGGAAAGCAAUGGAAGGCAUUUGCUUCUAGAUCAGAUGCAUGGACAAGUUGCAAAAGAUAAAUAUAAAUGCAGUAACUAUAUCAGUUUAGUCGCAAGAAUAACUUAGAAAUAUAAGGAAGAACACGAAUUUAUUCAGCCCGUUAGUAAGGCUCCUACUCGGGUCGGACAACAGCAUGAAUAACUGAUGAAAUGAUUGGAAGCAUCACAGAAAGCAUGCAUUUCAUGUUGUGUUUCUAGAGAAAUAAUCAGGUCUGCAAAGCCAAUGUUCUCGAGCAAUAGAUCGAUCCAUAGCCAAAUAAGGUUACUGCUUCAAAAUUUUGUGUAGGUCACUGAAUUAUUUAUACCGAAAUUUACCUUCUUUUUAACCAUGGGCAAUAACUCGUAAUUUUUGCAGUUUGAUUUCAUUUUGUGGUGAAGGGAAUUAAAUAAAGUUUGCAAAGAUAAUCGCUCCA